GUUUCAAAUUUUAGAACACAACAAUAAAAUUAUAAAAUAUACCCCCCCUUCAUUUGGCGUGGUGGGUGUUCUCUUACAACCGUGUCAUUCAUUCUUCAUUCUUGUUCCUUCUAUAACUCAGUUGUACGCUUGCUGUGUUUCCUUCAUCUUCUUCUUCAUGUGCUAAACUACAAUUACAACCACAAUAACCAGUGUACUCCAAACCAAAAUGGCGUCGUUUUUGUCUCUCACUGCCGUUUCUGCUCCUCCUACUCCGCCUGCGUUCUCUGUCAGAACACCGUUUUACAAAUCUCCACCCACCUUGCAUUUCAAAAGUCAUCGGUUUGCAGUUAGCUGCAGUUUUGCAGGAGCAGGUGUUAGCGACGAUCCUAGAUUAACCCCUAUAGACGUUGCAGCUGAUGUUAAAAGUGAACGGAUUGUAGUCUUAGGAGGCAGUGGCUUUGUUGGUUCUGCCAUAUGCAAGGCAGCAGUAUCUAGAGGCAUAGAAGUCAUUAGCCUAAACAGGUCAGGACGUCCUACUUACCCUGGUACUUGGGUAGAUCAGGUUACUUGGAUUCCAGGAGAUGUUUUUUAUGUAAACUGGGAUGAAGUACUUCCUGGAGCUACUGCAGUGGUUUCAACCCUUGGAGGUUUUGGGAGCGAGGAGCAGAUGAGAAAGAUAAAUGGCGAGGCUAAUGUUGUGGCUGUGAAUGCUGCAAAGGAAUAUGGAAUUCCGAAAUUCAUCUUGAUCUCAGUUCACGACUAUAACUUGCCAUCAUUUCUACUUUCAUCUGGGUACUUCACAGGAAAAAGGAAAGCAGAAUCCGAGGUUCUGUCUAAGUACCCUGGUUCAGGUAUUGUCUUAAGACCUGGUUUCAUAUAUGGGAAAAGGAGAGUGGAUGGUUUUGAGCUUCCAUUGGAUUUGGUCGGAGAGCCAGCGGAGAAAAUUCUUAAAGCAGUAGAGAACUUCACAAAACCGUUAAGCUCUCUUCCUGCAUCUGAUCUACUCUUGGCUCCACCUGUUAGUGUUGAUGAUGUUGCAUUGGCAGCUAUCAAUGGGCUCAAAGAUGAUGACUUCUUUGGAAUCUUUACAAUAGAUCAAAUCAAGGAAGCUGCUGAAAAUGUACGGGUAUGAUAUACACACACAUGUUUGUCAAACUAGAUGAAGUAGACCAAGAGCUGCAAUUGCAAUAAUUGCUCGAGGAGUGACAACAAUAAGGUCACUUAGUACUAGCAUCAUUUGGAGAGGAAAAAUGAUGUUAUAAAUAUUGUAAAUUUAACUACACUGCAAGGAUAUCUGCGGUCCAUUUGUUAUAGAGUUAUUAUAAGUAAAUGUGAUAUAACUUAGUUUGAAA